UGCGCUCCCGUAUUAUAUGGCUUAGGUGUUACCAUCUUGAAAGAAAAAUAAUAGUAUAAUUUAUAAAUUAUCCAUAAUUUUUUUUUCUUAAAUUAAUAAUGUACAUUUUUAUUUUGUAUAAGAUGGUUUUGGAAGGAGUGAACAAGAAUGGUUUUUUUUUUUAUUUAUUUUUUAUUAUUAAAAAAUUAUUUAUUAUUUAUUUUUUUGCUUUUCGCGUAAAAGUACAACAACAAUGUCGAUAUAAUGUGCCAACAUCUCUACAAUUUCAAAUAUGUACCCUGGUUCAUCAUCUAACAAUGGAAAGCAAGACUAUCACCUAUUUGUCAAACCUCUUGCAGUCUUGCAUAGACAAGAAAGCCCACCUAGCAGGCAAGCUCCUCCAUGCCCGUAUCCUCCGUAUUGGCCUCUUCGCCAACACCUUCCUCUUGAACCGCCUUGUUGAAUUCUAUUCUAAAUGUGGUCAGAUCAAUACCUCUCGUCUCAUCUUCGAUCAAACGCCCCAGAAAAACAUUUAUUCUUGGCAUGCUAUGUUACAUGGGUACUGCGAAGCAAAGAGGUUAGAAGAUGCACAUGAAUUGUUUGUUGAAAUGCCGGAGCGAAGCACUGUUUCGUGGAACACAUUAAUAAGUGCAUUAGUUCGAAGUGGGUUUGACCGGAAAGCGUUGGAUGUUUAUUAUAUGAUGAACAUGGAAGGUUUGAUUCCUACCCGUUUUACGUUGGCUAGUGUUUUGAGUGCCUGUGGUGCUUUGGUAGAUAUGGAAUGUGGUAGGGAGUGUCAUUGUGUCAGUAUUAAAGUAGGUCUUGACAAAAAUAUGUAUGUGGGUAAUGCUUUGUUGUCCAUGUAUGCAAAAUGUAGGCUUAUUGGGGAUGCAAUUCGAGCGCUUGAGGACUUGCCCGAGCUUAACGAGGUUUCUUUCACAGCAAUGAUGGGUGGGUUAGCGGAGACUGAUCGAGCUGAGGAGGCUUUUAAUAUGUUUAGAUUGAUGCAUAGAACUGGAAUUUGUAUCGAUUCUAUUUCAUUGUCAAGUGUUCUGGGUGUUUGUGCGAGAGGAACCCGAGAAGUCCCUAAUCAGACUGAUGGGUUUUCGAGUUCUCUUCAUGGCCAACAAAUACAUGGCCUCACGAUCAAACUUGGAUUUGAAAGAGAUCUUCACUUGAAUAAUUCAUUGCUUGAUAUGUAUGCAAAGAAUGGGAACAUGGACAGUGCCGAGAUGAUUUUCACUAAUUUGCCAGAAGUUAGUGUUGUUUCUUGGAAUGUUAUGAUUGGUGGGUAUGGCCAGAAUUACCAAACUGGCAAAGCCAUAAAGUAUAUGCAGAAAAUGCAAAGUCAGGGUUUUGAACCAGAUGAGAGAACCUACAUUAAUAUGCUAGCAGCAUGUAUCAUAUCUGGGGAUAUUAAAACCGCGCGUCAGAUAUUUGAAAGAAUGGCAUGCCCGAACUUGAGUUCAUGGAAUGCUCUACUCUCGGGAUAUUCCCAGAAUGAAAACCACAGAGAGGCAAUAAAACUUUUUAGAGAAAUGCAAUUUCGAGGUAUCCAACCUGAUCGGACUACUUUGGCUAUUAUUCUCAGCUCAUGUGCGGGGUUGGGGCUUCUGGAGGGUGGAAAACAGGUCCAUGUUGCCUCAUUAAAGGCUUUCCUUCAUACAGAUGUGUAUGUUGCUAGUGGGCUCAUUGGCCUGUACUCAAAGUGCAAUAAGACAGAGGAAGCAAAAUGUAUCUUUGAUAGAAUGCCUGAAUUGGAUAUUGUCUGUUGGAAUGCUAUGAUAUCAGGUUUAUCACUCAAUUCUCUGGACAAGGAAGCUUUCACUUUCUUUAGGCAAAUGCUUGGACAGGGGAUGUUUCCUACUCAAUUCUCUUAUGCUACAGUGUUGACUUGUUGCUCAAAACAAUCUUCUUUGUCUCAAGGAAGACAAGUUCAUGCAAAGAUAGCCAAAGAUGGAUACACAAAUGAUGUCUUUGUGGGGAGUGCUCUGAUUGAUAUGUAUUGUAAAUGUGGAGAUGUAGAUGGAGCCCGGCAAUUUUUUGGUAUGAUGCCCUGUAAAAAUAGUGUUACUUGGAAUGAGAUGAUAUAUGGGUAUGCUCAGAAUGGACGUGGUGAUGAGGCUGUUUGUCUCUAUGAAGACAUGAUUGGAUCAGGUGAAAGACCUGACGUCAUUACCUUUGUUUCUGUUUUAACUGCUUGUAGCCACUCAGGUUUAGUUGAUACUGGGAUCAGAAUAUUCAAUUCAAUGCAGCUAGAACAUGGAGUGGAGCCACUUGUGGAUCAUUACACUUGCGUAAUUGAUUCUCUGGGCCGUGCAGGUCGGUUCAGUGAAGCAGAAGUAUUUUUAGAUAAGAUGCCUUGUAAGGAUGAUCCAAUUAUAUGGGAGGUCCUGCUUAGUUCUUGUAGAGUUCAUGGUAAUGUGACCUUAGCGAAACGAGCAGCAGAGGAGCUCUUCCGCCUGGACCCGCAAAACUCUACCCCUUAUGUUCUUCUGUCAAAUAUAUAUUUCUCCUCAGGAAGAUGGGAUGAUGCAUCGGCUGUUAGAAAAAUGAUGAUUGAUAAGCAGGUCAUCAAGGAUCCAGGUUAUAGCUGGGGUUGAAAAUAAGAAUGGGAAGCAAACAAGCCGUUAUUUUUUAUGAUAACCAUAUAGUGGUUGAUGAUGAAUUUGAAUCUGAAAUAAUGGAACAAUAAAGGAUUUACAAAGUCACAACAGUUUGUUUGGCAUUAUUGUUUGUUAAGGAACUCUUGUUACAUUUAGUAAUGUGACCAUCUCUAAAGCAAGAGUUCCAACUUGGCUUAACUCAUUGGUUGUCUAUGAAGAAAGAUGGCCGGUUUUCUUAUGGAAGCUUUGGGACUCCAAAGAGAGAGAACUCAUGCAUCGUAAUCCAUUACAAUUCUGUCAAGGUAUAGGCUUCAUUUGACUUAACGGAAGCUUUAGUCCUAAAUAAUUGAGGCUGGCCAUUCGUGUUCAAGAGGUUUAACUUUUAAGUUAAUGCAUUUUCUGUUUACAAACUAAAACUCAUUGACCUCCUUUUUCUAGGUUUGGUUGUGGGAAGGUAAGACAUUAAGCCUAAGCUGGAUAAAAUUUUGGUGCCAGAGGCAUGUCCAGGGAGGAUUCAAUUUCAUGAACUCUAGAGACUUGCAUAUUCAAAUUACAUGUGGAUGGUGGGCAAUUUAUUAAUAAAAGCACUGAUUAUAAGCCGCAGAGGUGCAUGGGGUGGUGGGGACUAUCAACGGCAGGUCAUUGACAACAGAACACAUCGAAGCUUUAGCAGUGUGCUUGCUUUUGCUCAGGAUCUCGGGUUAUUGAAGAUGGAGUGCGAAGGUGACUUUCUGAAAGUGCUCAAUGCUAUUGCAUUAUCAAAGACAUCUGAAUUGCUAAUUGUACUGUUCUAUGAUCUUACUUCUUCUCUACUUAGAUGAAAAAGAAGGGAAUGAGGUAGCCAUGGCCUGGCCAGGUUUCCCUUUUUGCUAGGGUUUAGUCUCUCUCACAGUUUCUUAAUACGCUUGGCCAACUGGACCUUGUAUCAAGCCCUUUGUUUUAUUCAUUGUCUACUAUUGUACUUGACUGCUUUAAUAUAUUUAACAUGUGUUA